UAGCGAAGUCUCAGCGAGAUACUGCAGUACAGAAUGACAUUUAUAUUAGACGCCACAACUCUGGUUUCCACAGCUAUUAAUAUGGUAGAUUUAACGCGCAGUAUCAAGAAUUCCGCAAAGAUUUCGUAUUAUCCAAAGAUCGUUAAAUGUGAAUCGCAAGCGAAGGAUCGUGGGAAUGAACAGGAUACACAGAGCAGCAAGGACACUGUGCAUGACAGUAAGCAAAGGAAUUUGCAAGAUAAACAGCAUCGAACGUCUCUCCCUGAUCUACACCAUCGUUAUCUCGUGGAAACAAUAACAAUGACAACUGUCACGGAGCGACGCAUCGUGCGGGAAAUUAGCGAGAAGGAGGGAAAGGAUUGCUUCGGGAAAUCUGAUACGGAUAAAGACAAAAGCGUUUACGAUGCUCCAAAGGAUAACGGGUUUAAUCCAGCGCUUUGUUUGGGAACAGGCGGUCUGAUGUCAAUCGUUCACGAGAAUGCGACGCAGUUUACCACACGGUGUAACGACUCGGACAUCACAGAGGAUCGUGACGGUAAUGCAAACGCCAAAAAUUCGACGGACAACGACAAAAAAGUGGCAACGAUGGAAGCGGAACGCAUCAACGAUCAAACGACAUCGGGCGAACAGUCGCGCGAACAGGACGCGAAAGAGCUGUCCCUCGUUUUCAAACUAGGCAACAUGUCCCUCGCCAGUAAUAGCCUGAAGCCGAAUUCCGCAGUGAGACAACUUUUUCCCAACCCGAAGUUCAUCUCACCACCGCCGUCCAAAACGAGCUCGAGCUGCCCGGAACACUCUGAGGACGAAGCGGAGAAGUUUCUGAUUACCGCCGAGAGUCUGCGGCUGUUCGACGUGGUUAAGAAGUCGACGAUUCCCAGUAGUUCAUAUGAAUCGCCAGAGUGUGAGUCCAGCUCAAUCAAAAGAUCCAUCGAGCGGAACACCUUGCGGCGAAGUUUGAUUGGUAAAUACAACAUGAUAACGCGCAAGAAGAAUCUGCAACCCAAAAAUCUAUCGCUAGAGGAACGAAUCAGACAACUCACGUGCGUCGAUCAAGACGACGAAAACUUGGACACGACCGACAGCUCUGACAAUACAAAUUCCGCAAGUGAUGCCAAGUAUGGUGGUGAUCUUUCUAUACGAACAUCGCCAUUGGGUGAGGAACGGCCUAUGUAUGAGUCAUUGCCGGCAAGUAUGGCCUCAUCGACAGAAACUACUGCCAUUUUAACAAUGGUGUCGGCGAGGUCAAACUCCAUCACGGCGGCAACAACAACGACGGGAGCAACAACAGUGAACGUGAUGGCACCUGCGAACAUGCAUGGACAUAAUAAUACAAUAUUGACGGAUAAUCCGCCGAAUCAAUCCACCUAUAAGAAGAUUACGGAUCUGUUUGCGCACAAGAAGAACAUCCAAUCGAAUCUACCUGAUCUUGGGAUAGGCCCGGGCGGGAAAAAUCUUCUCGUCAAGGAGUGCCAAUCAAAAAAUCCGUUGACGAAGAUGAAUUCGGAUGUGCGAAAGCAAUUAUUGGCGAGUCUGGCGCCGCUAUCCUGUGUCACAAUCAACAACUCCGACAACCAGGAUGACUAUUACCGAAAUGAUUCCAGGAUGUUAAUAUCCUCAAACCGUGAGUCGAUAAGUUGCAACUCAGAUUCAUCAUACAGCUUAGAUGACAUAGAAGCGGCUCUAAAUGGUGAGGAUAGGAAGCAUGCCGGUCAACCGGAUGUGACGAGAUGCACGCCGAUAGGUAACAGGCCUGACAUCGGUGACAAUACCGCCGACGAGUUGCUCGCAUUCGUCGAGCAGGACAAGUUGAGGAUGGAACGAAUAAAACGCCGCUAUAAUGAGCCGGAAGAGCGUUAUGAGUUCAUUAACGGCUAUCAUUCCGAGGACAAGGCCGUGAAUACUUUGUCUGAGAUUUACGAUGGUAAGAACGUCAAGAAUCAUGAUAACAAGGAGCCGCAGGCAGAUAAUGAGGAAGAAGACGACGAUGAUGAACUCAAUGAUUAUGGAUUCAAUCGACGACCAUCAGUGACGGGUAUUAAACAACAGUACGAGGCUACCAAUGAAGUCAUCCAUCGGGCACGAUCUUGUACUGGUGCGACUAAUGAUACAAGAUCCGACUCAAUGUGGCCAAUGUAUUGCGAUGUGAACGGCGACAAGAUCGAUGCAAAAUCUCUGUUGAUCACUGAUGGAGGGGACGAGGCCAUCUCCAUACCCGCAGAAGCAUACACUAUGAUGGGGAGUUUCGAACGAGAUACGAACACAAUCAAUCGUAUAAAUACAAUGCAGAAACAGAUUGAUGAUAUAUAUCAGACUAUCGCCGAGAGUACAGCAGUAACAGCAAACAUCCACGGUAUUUCUGAACAUACAACUUAUCUGGAGAACGCGAUACCGCGACAGUUCGUCAGAACCCCAUCCAGCGACAGCACCGCGCACUUGUACGCCGAGCACAGAAAUGGUAAUCACUACUUCCAGGAGCAACAGCAGCUGUCGAGUACGCGUAUGCUGCGUAUCGCAGGUGGUAGUAGCGGUGGAACCGGCGGUAAUGACGACAUUACGGGUGCGAUAUAUACCAAUACUCUGUCGAAAAUGCAACGUCGCAACCCGCCGGUGACAAUUGCGAAUUACCAUUGCAACGUGCUGCCUGGCGGUACUGUGCCCACCAUCAAUACUAAGUGUUAUCGCACCAUGUACUUUGUGCCAUACAGUGGCAUGUCUGACCCUACGUAUCAGAAUAUACAACGCAUUUUGCCACCGCACUCCUCUCCAAACUAUGCCAGUCACAUCGAACGAUAUCCGUAUCCCCGUCUGAACAAGACCAAUCAGCAACAGGCGUAUUAUAACGCGAAUCGUUCCGCCUCAUCGCAUUCCAAUUUAAAUACGCCAACACUCAUCCCGCCCUCGUCUCCGCCACCGCCGUCACUCGCAUCCUCCGUCUCCAGCCCGAAUUCGAUACCGUUGCAGAGUGCUCAGCAAGCCUUGCACUUGCAUAUACAUCCCCAUCAGACUGAAGAUUUCCGAUCGCCUAACAUCGCGUUUUCUCCUGUGCCUCAUUCGACAAUGUAUCCAAUGCAAUUCCAUCAUCAACAUCAGCAUCAGCAUCAGCAUCAACAUCAGCAUCAGCACCAGCAUCAUCACGGCGAGAUGGCAUCAUACCGUGUCCCAAUAGCGAUGCAGCAAUCGCCACCCUCAUACACGGUAAUAGCGCCUUCAAGAUGCAUUCCGGCGAGUAACCAAGAUGGUUAUCCGUUAUAUCCAGCACAGGUGACACGCAAUACCGGUAACCCCGGUACUGUCGCGACUGCCACAGCUGUUUCUACGGACGUACAAACACAAACGAUUUCCAUCGCGGCCGCCUCAUCGUUCUCAUCAUCGUCAUCUUCGUCAUCCUCCUCGUCGUCCUCGUCGUCGUCCUCGGCAUCUGCGUCCGCAUUGUCUUCAUCGUCCUCAUCUUCGUCCACGUCGACGACCGCUCCUGCUUCCCUAAAAUGCACCGGAAUAACUAAUAACAACAAGAGCUGUGAACCGAUUUUGGUAACAUCUUAUGGUGGCAGUAAUGCGCAAUCCGCAUCGGGGAGUGUUACUCCGCUCACAUGUCCGACGUCAACGACGACCGUGACGGCCGUCACUGGAUCUUCGGCGACGGUAAUGCAAAUACCACACGCCAUCAACACGUGCACGGUAACGGAACGCGGAGUUCCCGAAGGUGCCGCCAGCAUGCCUACUCAGGACUUUCCGCAAUCAACACUUGGCCCGGUAAACUCAGCGCCGCACGUUUUGUUGAUGUCCAAUUCUUAUGUCGAUCCUAAUGCCAGUCUCAUGUCCGCCCAGACCAAUACUCCGAACACGGUGUACUACGCCAUGAACGUCUGAGAAUCGUUAAGAACAGGUAGCUGCGAAAAACGUCCAAAAAAUGUUUGAACAUCUGAAUAGCAUGAAUAUAGAACAUUUCUACGACGUCUUGUGAAUGUUUGCAUUGCAAACCGAGGCGUAACUCUUUCACUACUAUGUCGAGUGAUUUUUAUGCAAUUCGUAACAAAGACGUGCAGUAAAAAGAUUCGCAGUUUUUCUACUUGUUGGUUACACACACGUGGCGAAAUAAUUCGUUGUUAAUGACGACGUCUCUUGAGAAAUGGUAGUUAGAAAGAAUGACUGAAGUGAAGUUUUAUUUAAUUCUUUUUCGAUUCGAUUAUUACCUUCAUCAUUUUCUUAUUUUUUAUCUAUCCAUAGUUUUUAAUCCAAUGUUGUUAAUUCUUUUCCAUGGUAAAUUUUGAAGAAAGUUAUAUCCAAAGAGUCUAUUUUCUUUGAGUGAUAGAAGUAUGAGAAGUGUAUUUUUAAAGAAGUAAGUAUGAUUGAUGAGAAACAUCUCCCUAUAGGUACUGAAAUUUUAGAUUUCUUUAUCUCGUCUGAUACGGAAACACAAACGUUGCAAAAAUUUUUCUCAUAUAUACAUAUAUAUAUUUUUUUUACUAAGGCACAAAUAUAUAUGUAUGUAUGUAUGUAUAUGUGUAUGUAUGUAUAUAUGUAUGUGUGUGCGUGUGUCUGUGUGUGUAUUUGUGCAUUAGUAAAAAUAGAGUAUAACCGUAUAUAUGUGUAUUGUACUAGAUUAUUCUUGCAUUAAAUACUCUUUGAUAUUAUUUUCGUUAAUUAAUAACGUAAGCGACUAUCCUUCACAUGUACGUUUUAUCACGGCAUAAUGAUAUUAGUUCGAAUUAUAUCACUUUACACAUUUGUUAUUGUCAUAAUAUUGUAAUACUGUACAAAUUUAGCACCGUAGAUGUCGCGAUAAAUAUAUCGAUAGUAAUUUGUGUUAGAUUUUAUGAUCAGACGAAGUUGUUAAUUGUUUUGAGUUUUGAAUAAUGGGACUUUAUAAAUAACAGUUGUUUUGAUCACAUUAAUAUCAAAUUGCAUUGCACGUUACAAAAUUGGGAAAAGACUAUCAUGGGGAGUGGGAAAUAUGUAGUAAGAAUUUCUCUUUAGUGAAUGCAUGGCUGUCACGUGUAUUUAUAUUACGUAGUAUUUUUCGGAAAAAUGGAGAAACAUUGUCUCCCACUUAUUGUUUCGUAAUAACUUCGAAUUUUCUUCUUCCAAAGGACACUGUUUAUAAAUUUCACUUAUAUGCUUCAUGCCAAAUUAAGAUGUAUCAAUGCUUCUAGUCAUUGUAAAAUUAGUCUAUAAUAAGAAAUAGACACCAAAAAGAAAAAAAGAAAUGCGAAAAGAAAGGAUGCGAUUCACUUUUAGUUACUCUUUCUUAGUGCGCUAUUUUGAUUGACAGACUGUCUUGGGAGCACUUGAGUCGUAUAAUGAGGAAUCCCUCGUGGUCCGCCAAACCUAGCACGCACGUUAAUCGAAACCAAAAUUAACAUAGCGUAUUUGUUUAGCAGUGUGUAGAAAAGCGACGAUAUUUAACGAUAACGAAAUUUCUUAAUGACAAGUAUUAUGUACGCACAGUGAGUCAGUACAAAAUCCUCUGCUAGAAGACAAGAUAUUUAAUUAGCAUUGCGCUUAUCCUUUAAUCACACAUUACAAGGCCGCCAUAAAUAAGUAUACAAGUCGCACACCGCGAAGACUUAUAUUUCAUGUGUUAUACGAUAAAUUUUUCAGGCAUAUUAAUUAGCUAUAGAGUAGAAAAUUUUUGAGUCUUGACCUAACUAAAUAACCAAAUCUAUUGAAAACAGGUAAUGCCAAGUAUCUGUUAUCAACCAUUGUCAGCAAAAAGGGUACAAUUUGCAUGCAGGUCUGUAAUGUCAAAAAAUGUCGACAAAUUGCCAUUGAAAAUACGAAAAAGUUUGCUUAUUGUUAUGUCAACAAAUUGGUAGUAGUAAUUGAGCAAGAUCAGCGAUUUCUGUUUGAUUUCUGUUACCAAUUUGCUAUCGGAUUUGCUUGUCGGAGUAAACAGGCUCUGCCAAAUCGUAAGCAUAUAAAUAACGGAUGCCAAUUUGCUAUCAAUUUCUGACAAAAUUUGUUGCCAAUCUGUUAACGUAUUGCGCGCAUUUUAUUUAUAGGGCAGAAAUGCUCUUAUCUAUUUUUAUUUUUAAUUAAUAUUUUAAUCAGCUUGUCGUAUGAUACAUGAAGUAUUAAUCUAACGAUAUGUUAAUAAAUAAUUCACUAAAUUAAAUUUAAAAAAUUAAUUUUUUAUUCGUAACACUAAUUGUCGAUAUUCGCUUCUGUCAGAUUUAAUUUUUUCCUAAAUGAGUACUGCAUCAUCUACAGUACUUAUUUUGGACUGCAAAAUGAAUACUGUAUUAAUUUUAAAAAAUCGUGUCACAAAAUCUGAAACUAUCGGUUAGAUCAAAUAGUUUAUAUCAUGAUCGGAUUAUUUAUGUCUCUAUUAUUAAAAUUUUUUAAUACAGCACCAUGUCGCGUGCGAGCAGCAGAAGAAAAUAAAAAAUUGCUCUUUCCUUUUAAAAAUAUUAAAAAUUAUUUUAUUUAUAAAAAAUUGGUAAAUAAAAGUAUUAAGGGAAGUGCAUCAAUGUGUGGUCUUUUGAGUGUCUUGGUUCUCGCAAAUUAAUAGAGUAGCCAAGAUUAGAUUCGCGAAAACGACAAAAUGCUGGUCAAUUUUGCAAGAGUUAUCUUAUGUAUGUCGCGAGAUGAUGUGCAUGCGAGUGCUAAAAUGAUUGAACAUACUGAAAAAAUCGCUAGAAUGUUUUUCACUAUCUAUUAGAAGACAAGAACUGUGCAAUAAUGUUAAAGUGCUGAAAUCGGCGACUUUAUUCACAAAAGAUGAGUGACGCGAAAAGGAUUACUUUUGAUGCACAUGUAAUAAAAAAAUAUUUUAUAUGUAGCAGCGGUCCUACACACAUACAUUUAAACACAAAGUGAAAGAGAGAGAGAGAGAGAGAGAGAGAGAGAGAGAGAGAGAGAGAGAGAGAGACAUACCAGUUUCAUCAGGAACUCGUUGAAAGUAUAAUUUCAUCAUUUCAUAAGUGUUAUCUCGUAAUUCGCGUUCAUAGUUCAUCUCACUCUAUUGAAGACUCUCGACAUGUACACAGUUCUAAUAGACAAUAUAGAGACAUAUGAAUUUAUUUUUUUUUAGCAUAGCGAUCUUUGCCGUCGAUCGCUUCACUUUUGAAGCUUAUACCCCUGACGCAAGUAGUACCUCUCAAAUGAAAUCGAAGAAUAAUCGAACGGCCUAUACAGUUUACUCAGCGGAAAACAAAACAAAUAUUUAUUUUCUUCGUGCCAAAUUGUUGACUCGCGGUGUAACAAGAUUGCAUGUCACAAUUUAGCGAUCCGUAUCCCAGAUAACCAAAUGUCCAAAUGAUGUUGCAGCCAUGUUGUCAAUAAUUGUUAUAGCAAUUAAUUUAGACUAACUCGAAACAAAGUGAUACAACAUUUAUAUCUGUUAGGUUGAACUCACAUAAAUACUAUUUUUAACUAUAAAUUGAUAGCAAGGUGUUAGCAUCAAUUUGUUAUCAAUCAAUCAUUUCUAUCAUAUUGCUGUUAUAUUGCAAACAAUAUAAUGUAUUAAUAUUGCUGAUCAUUUUUUUUUAAUCUUCAACUGAUUAUAUACAUAUAAGAAGUCAUGUUGCUGAAAUAGUAAUGUUUUAUUUCGAUAUCAGCAAAUAUAUAGUAACAUAUAAUAACACAUGUAAUGCGAUAGUUUGCUCAGAAUGUUACAUCACGCUUGGUUAUCUGGGUAUCAUAACGGCCAGAUUACAAGAUAGAUGUUAAACACAUCUGACGGCACGUUAGUUACGGCAAACAUAUGACCUUAAUGGAAAUCGAAGAGGUGAAAAAUCAAGUGGAAUGUUUCUAUCACACCAAAAAGAUGAGAUUCGAUUACAGUUUUCAUUUAAUUAAUUGUAAUGGCGUGACAAGCAUUGGAAAAUGUUCAUUCAACUUGUUAUUCUCGCGCGAGAACAUUAACACAUGUAUUGUUCAAAUGGUAACUCUAAAUAGUAGGCUACUUUUAUCAUGAUGAUACAUAAGAUGAAUAUGGGAUAGUAAGAACGGCGUAUAUAUCAGAUUAAACUAUUAUUUAUAACAGUUGACAUAUAUAUAUAUAUUGUAUAUUAUAUUAUUUAUAUUUAUAUAUGCGUAAAAAAUAUAACGAUUUAAUUCAAUUUUGUUAUAGUGUUGACACAGCCGAAAGUUGUUGCGUAAUGCGGAAUUCAAUUGGAAGGUGAUAUAUAAAAUUGAUUCGCGAUUCUAUUGAUAGAGAGCUUAUAGGAUACACAUAAGAAAAAAAUCCCUUUUAUCGACAAAUCCUAUGCAUUUUAUUAAAUUCACUGAUAUAGAAAAUAACUCUGACCUUUUCAUAAGAAAAGGUUGACUAGAUAUGUGAAGUAACUCGAUUUACAUCAUACAUUGAUAAUGUAUAAAUAAAUUAUGGUAGGUGUGUAUGCAUUCUGCGUAAAACAAAUGUUGCAUGUCGACAAUAUGAUAUAAAUCUGCUCGACUUGAUUAUUUAAUUAAUACACUUCGUUUUUAAUAAUCUUAUUGCGAUGUAUUAUAAAAAUGUGUGCGGUUUUUGCGAUACAGCGAUCUACUCAUUUAUCGUAAGUCUUAUGUCUACAUCUUACGAAGAUCCUAAUUCAAUACUUAUUUGAAUUAGGCUCUACCUGCAUAAUGUGAUUAUAUGUUUUACUCUUAUACCAAAGUUAUUUUAUAUCAAAAAUUAAUUGUAUCAUUGUUAUAAUUGUAAUUCGGUAUCAUUCCAGAUUUGAAAAUAGUUUUGUUGGGGAAAAAUCGUUUUAAUUUUAUUCUUAGAUCAUUAUUCUUAAAUUUGUAAAGACCUUUAAUGAUUUUAUUAUUAGAAUGUUGAUGAUCCUGAUAUUUUUAUACCACGUGUUAUAAUACUACUUUUAGAGAAUGGUAAUCAAUAUUACAAGUAUAGUUGUGCGGAAAUAGGUCACAAGUUCUGUUCCAUAGGAUAAUUUUAUAAAGAAAUAUUCUCUUACGAAAAGAGAGUACACCAUUACUGUGUUAACUUUCUGAAAUGUUUGGAUGUUCUUGUUGUGAUAUUAUCACCUUCUAUGUCUUAUUUUACAUUUUUUCACUGCUUUCUAUUUUGUAGUUUUCUUAUUGGAGAUACUAUAUGAAAUCUCCAUGAAGGAUUGAUUCUAAUUGGUCUAAAUAUAUCAAUUGCUCUUUAGAGGGUAUUCUACUUUGUUGGGUCUGAAAAAGACUAUGUUUUCGAGAGAGAAAGAGAGAGAGAGAGACGAAAUUUUUUUAUCAAAACGCAAUUAAGAUGUAACUUGUAAAAAUAUUUAUUUUUGUAAAUUAUGAUAAUAUUUUUUAAAUUAUCUAUUCAAUGGCUAAUAUAUAGAUGGUGUUAAAUUAAGAACUGUAGAUUUCCUCUACGAAAAAAAAUUAAUUAGGUCUGUUGAGAUAUAUCAAUUUUUUUAACAAAAAAAUUUUUUUAACUUUUAAGUAAGGAACAUUAAAUCAAUUUUUUAAAACAUUACUUCUAUAUGAAUGUUACUUCUAUAUGAACAUUAUGGUAUAAUAUUAUAUAAGUGUUUUUGAAUUACUUUAUAACAUAUUUCUAAAAAGUUACAAUUACAGUAUGGAAAUAUUAUUUUUAAUAUUAUAUUUGUCUCAAAUAUUUUUUAUAAUAUUGUAUACAUUAUUAUGAAAAAUAUUUGAGUAAAACAUUAAGAACUAUAUAUUUUGAAACGCUACAAUAUAUCAUAAAAUAUUGUAAUAUUAUUGUAAUAAUGUUGUGUUAAUGAUAUCUUGCUCUUAGUUAUUUAAUAUAAAAAUAUUUGAAGGUCAAAUUUGACCCCAGAUAUGGUCAUAUAUGAACAUAAUGUAUAUUAGAUCAGAUCUGCGCAGAGAGAUAUGAGAAUAAAUUUGUGAUAUAAUUUGAUCUAAUAUAUUUAAUAUAUUUUCUCGGGUGUGGAAAUGAUUGAGAGAGACUGAUUGACCUAAAAUGUUAAAAUAUUUUUUUAUAUACAUAUAUAAUUAUAAGGUAUAUUAUAGAAUUAUAAGAUAUAAUAUGUAUGAAGUUGUGCACUAAUUGAGAACUAGAAAGAUUAAAGUAAGAUAAAAAUAAUCUUCCAAAAGUUAUUAUUUUAUUAAUUUUCAAUUUUUAAUAUCAAUUAAGACAAAUCUUUCAGAUCCAACAAAGUAUAUUCUCUUAAUGCUGUAUUUUAUUUUUAUUAUUGAUUCUAUAACGAGAAAUUUUGAACUACAAACGUAUAAGGAACUAUAUUAUUUAACAAACGAAGUGACGUUUUUAAUGUUUUUUUUUAUAUUAAAAACGUUAUUUGACAUCAUUGUUGGGUAAUAUUAGUUAUCGAUAGGAUUGAUAAGUGUACAACGCGUAGGGGAGUUACUUGCAAUACCGUUACGAUACUAUUUUUUUAAUAACAACCGAUACUUAUUUCGUCUGUAACAAAUAACACUAACAUUGUUUCAUUUUUACAACAGUAAUAAGUUUUAUUGUUAUUUUAUAAAUGUACGUAUCAUGUUGUGAUAUGUGAUGUGAUUACGACAACUGGUUACCAUUCUAAAAAAAGGUCAUCAUAAUGAAUGGUUACUUUUUAAGUAACGGUAAUGAUGACGCGUUAUUUUUAACCCUAAGCUAUCACACCGAGUUAUCAUGAUGACUUAUUCUUAUUAGUAAGAUAUCUUUCGGUGCACUUGGAAAUGGAAACUUGUGAUGCCAUCUAAAAUCAAUUUCAGAUAUAUUUACUACAGAUAAAGACGUUUGCCCAAAGGAAGGAAGUAUCAGUAUUUGUGUUCGGCAGCCAUUGAAAGAAUACAUUGGGUUACUGUGAUCCAGGUGUGACAAAGGCGUCGACCAAUGUUUAAUAAAUAAAAAAUUGAUUUUUUUAAAUAAAAAUCAUUGAUUUUUCGAAUAAAAUAAUGCUCUCCUGCAAUAUCUACAAUAAAGAGUUUAAGUAACGUCAUAUGACUGGUAAUUAAAAAGAUGAGAUAUUCCUCGGUUAUCUUCUGCAUACUUCUUGUAAUUUUUCGAAGUUUUCGCAAUGAUGCUACUUUAGCAUCAUUUUAAUAGAUGAAAUCAUAAUAAGUUGUAAUAUUAUUUAAUAUUAAAAAGAAACUUUAAGCGACUUCAUUUGUAAACAAAUUUUUAUUAUUUAAAUAUUCUUUGUUGACCUUUUUAUGUACAUAUAUACUUAUGUAUUCCCUGACAUUUUAUCGAGACAUAAGAUUUACCAUAAAUGAAUGCUUGUUUGCACAUUGUAAAGCAAUUUACCAUAUAUUUUAUAUAUGCAGCGGAGUGAUACAGACUUUCUUGAGGCCAUCGAUUCUUCAAGAUGACUUUAUUAAAGUUCGUUUUAAUUUAUAAGUUUGACAUAAAAAGUAAUUUAUAUAUACAUAUGUAAAAUUCAAUGAAAAUACUUAAUAUACAGAUUUUUGUUCUGGAAAGAUGUUUGCAACAAUAUAUUUCAGAUGUUUGUGUGAUUCCUAUUUGAAGAUGAAUGCAAAGAGAUUUAUUAGCAAAUCAAGUAGUAAUAUAAGUAAAUGUACCAUUAGGCUAUUCGGAUAAUUGUUGUAUUCAUUAUAGAAUUAUAAAAUUGUAACGCAGGA